GCCGGCACCGGAAGCGGCCGUUGCGGGCCAUGGAGGGGAGCCCCGGGGGCAGAGAGCCCUCGCGCGAGGCCCCGGCGGUGGAGGCGGCGGCGGACGAGGCCGAACCGCAGGGCGCCGUCUGGAGCGGGGACAGCGGCCAUGUGUCCCAGAGCCACAGUAGCGCCUCGGGGCCGUGGGAGGACGAGGGCCCCGAGGACGGCGUGCCCAGCCGGGACCUGUCGUUGCUGCGCCGCGCCGCCGCGGGCUACGCCGCCUGCUUGCUGCCCGGGGCCGGGGCGCGGCCCGAGGUGGAGGCCCUCGAUGCCAGCCUCGAAGACCUGCUCACCCGAGUGGACGAGUUCGUGGGCAUGCUGGACAUGAUUCGCGGUGACUCGACCCACGUGGUCAGCGAGGGCGUGCCCCGCAUCCACGCGAAAGCCGCGGAGAUGAGGCGCGUCUACAGCAAGAUCGACAAGCUCGAGGCCUUCGUGAGGAUGAUCGGCGGCAGCGUGGCCAGGAUGGAGGAGCAGGUGGCCAGGGCGGAAGCCGAGCUGGGGACCUUCCCCAGGGCCUUCAGAAAGCUGCUGCACACCCUCGCCGCGCCCUCCCUGUUCACCCGCGCGGCCCCGGCCCGGCCCCUCGGCUUCCAGCCGCCCGUCCUCUUCCGGACCGAGGACCACUUCCCGGGUGGCGGCGACACGGCCUGACCCCGCUGGCCAAGGCCUCGCGAUGGCGGAGUCCUGGGCCUAGAGCUGCGCCCAGGGUAACUCCACGCCUUCCCUCUCGGGUCUGAAAGCGGCGGGGGCGGCGGGCGAAGCGAACGCACUGACGCAGAACUGUCGUUCUUCUGGAUUUUACUGCUCCACUAACAGCAUUACCUUCUGAAGACUUACGUAUUUAUAGAAUCGUGAGAACAGCCACCGAGCCACUAAAGCCUUGGCAUUCGGUCCCGACGGGGAUUCCGUUCUCCGCAGCCUGCGUUUAGGGUGGAAGGUUCAUUGCGAGGCGUUCCGUUCAUCUUUGCAUAGCCUGGGUUGUAAAUGACAAGUGUUGUCUUUUUGCAACAAAUUCUGAAGUCGUAUUUGGAAGUGUGACCUCACGGUGUUAGAUUAUCCGUAACAAGUGUGUUUAUAUGUUGCUUGUCGGUGUUUGGUUAAUAACUUAAAAGUGUUAAGUAACAUUUUUAAUUCUAUUGGAAAAGCUUUACUUCUGAAAAGUGUUUUACUUAUUACCCGGUUUGUUUAAGCAUGCUCCCCAUACAGUUUUAGGAGUGGGAUAAAAGCGGCUUGGCCUUAACUACGGUUUCAGCAUUGUACACUUCUUUCUAGAAACAGGUAAAUCAUUUGUGUGAGCAAAUGGUGUUCGAAUUUUGUUUUUUCACUCUGUUAACAUGGAAACCUUAAAGGUCCCUUGCAGAUAAAACAGGCUUUGAUCUAAAUUGUAUGUUUUGCAAGGUGGCCCUCCUAGAUAAUAACCUCAAAUAAGCACUCCUCUGAGGUGGUUCUUGUCCCAUUACUGGGUGUGAGAGCACAUCUCUCAGGUUGAUAGAUGUAUCCCCAUUUAUGUGUGUUGUGCAAUACGUGAUGAUGUCAUUUCACCCUAGCUUUUUCUUUGGUUCACAGAUUAUAAGUCAAUGAAUGCCUGAAUGUAGAAUGCAAGAACAAACGACCCCCAGGCACGGUUUUUUGUUAUUGCUGGUGAGACCAAGAGUUAAUAUCUACAUAAGAGAAACCGCAAGUUCCAGAAAGCAUAGGAAGCAUGCUAUAAAAGUUUGUUGAUUAAUACUUAGGUAUUUACUUACGAAACUAAAUUAGGUUGAGAAAAAUGUAUGAUAAUAAGAUCGGUGCUUAGCUUAAUUGUAUAAAAUUGGUUUUUAAAGCUAAUUGUAUAAAAAUUUCUGGCAAUACAUGUAGAAGUCAAGUCCUGGUUCAGAUGAUAACAUGUGAUUAAUGUGCAGUCUGUCUCUUAAGGAGCCUUGGGUU